AGUCAGAACCACAAGAUGUUGCUUCCCAAACCACUCUGGAUGAUUACAUGAAAACCGGUGGCUGUAUUUAAAUGAGAACUGAGGCAAAGGGAGCAAACAUUGACAAAGGACAACAUGAGGAAAGGGUUGCUCCUGUUCCUUCUAGUGUUGACACUUCUACACGUGGCCAGAGGCCAACGAAGAAGAAAAGGAAAUCACAGUGUCCUCAGAGAUACAGCAAACGACAAGACAACAUGCUCCUUGGAGGUGGCCUUUAUCCUGGACAGCUCGGAGAGCGCCAAGACCUUUCUCUUUGAGAAGCAGAAGUCCUUUGUUCUGCAUUUCAGCACAAGUCUUGCCAUGCUCCAGGUGUCAGGAUGGACACUAAGGCUGCGGAUGGCUGCUCUACAGUACAGCAGCACCGUGUCUGUAGAGCACAGUUUUUCUGCCUGGCAGGACUUGGACGUCUUCCACAGCAGAGUCAACUCCAUGGUUUACAUUGGCCAUGGCACCUACUCCUCCUAUGCCAUCACAAAUGUCACGCAGCUUUUCACCCAGGAGACAAAGGAGGACAGCGUCAGGGUGGCACUUCUCAUGACCGAUGGUGCCGAUCAUCCCCGGAAUCCUGAUGUGAGUGGAGCGUCGGCGGAGGCUAAGGCGAGGGGUGUUAGGCUCUUUGCCAUAGGCCUGUCGGAAUUGGCACGCCAGUUCCAGAACCAUGCCAAGCUCCGAGCUAUCGCCAGCCCGCCCGCCCAGCAAUUCAUCCAUAGCCUCACUGACCCCCAGCUAGAGGAGAAGCUACUGAAAGAACUGGGCACAAUAGCGCUUGAGGCGUGUCCACAGGCCAAAGUUUGUUUGUGUGAAAGAGGGGACAGAGGCCCUGCUGGUAUCCCAGGAAAAAAAGGAGAUCCAGGGUAUGACGGACCACCCGGUCAAAAGGGAUCAAAGGGAGAACCAGGAGUUAAUGGCCGACCAGGAAAUGAUGGUCUUGAGGGCAGUCCAGGUUAUAAAGGUGAAAAGGGAGAGCAAGGAAGCUGUGGGACCCCUGGGGAGAAAGGAGAUAUAGGCCCCGGAGGACCUCCCGGCCCACGGGGACCCAGAGGAGAACAGGGUGUUAAUGGACCUCCAGGGGACCCGGGUCCAGAGGGCCAGACGGGGCCUAAAGGGGACCGAGGACCCAACGGUUCUCCAGGACCAGCAGGUGAUAUAGGCGUGGGGUUCCCAGGUCCAAAGGGAGACAAAGGAAUUCAAGGGCGUUCGGGACCCAUGGGUCCUUUUGGAAUAGGACAGCCAGGACAGCCUGGACCACCUGGACCUGCUGGAGCACAGGGUAACCCGGGAGACGUUGGGGAGGGGCUCCCUGGACCAAAGGGGGACAGAGGCUACGCGGGGGCCAAAGGUGAGCGAGGUCUCACAGGUGUUGGGAUCAAAGGUGAUAAGGGCGAUCCUGGGCAGGUUGGAUCACAGGGGCCAGUUGGAAUGCCAGGGGCAGGAAUUCAAGGAGAAAAGGGGAACCAAGGGCCAGUUGGCCCUCCGGGCCCCAGAGGAAAUCCAGGUGUCGGACUCCCAGGUCCAAAGGGAAGCCAAGGCUUCUCAGGGGAGCCUGGAAUCCCAGGGGAGAGAGGUGUGGGCGAGCCAGGCCCUAAGGGUGACCCAGGAGCUAAGGGUUUAAGUGGUAUUCCCGGCCUGCCUGGUGAAGAUGGAGCCAAUGGACAGAAGGGGGAUAUUGGGUUACCGGGGGCCAGGGGAACUGACGGGGCUCCUGGGAAAGGUGUCCCCGGAGAAAAGGGGGAUCCGGGGGAGAGGGGUUCCAGGGGCCAGCCAGGUGCAGUAGGUCCUGUGGGACCGAUGGGGCCCAAGGGUGAACCUGGAAAACCUGGACUAGCAGGUAAAAAUGGACCAGCUGGGCGUGGCUUACCUGGUAUCAAGGGAGACCCUGGUGUAGCAGGCCCACCGGGACCGGUUGGUGAACCAGGAUUAGGUAUUACUGGACCCAAGGGUCAAAGAGGCUUACUAGGACCCAUCGGCCCAGCAGGGCAGAAAGGGGAAGGCUACCCUGGACCUCCAGGACAGCCUGGAACACCAGGACCGCCUGGUGAGAUUGGACCAGAAGGAAAAGGUUUACCUGGUCCUAAGGGAGAUCGGGGAUCUCCAGGACCCACAGGUCCACCUGGUGCACAAGGAGUCGGGAUAAUUGGUCCCAAGGGUUCAAUUGGUCAGAGUGGAGCCCCAGGUGUCCAGGGUCCCCCCGGAGAAGGCAUUCAAGGACCAAAGGGGGAGCCAGGAUUCCAGGGGAUCCCAGGCCCCAAGGGUCCCCCAGGACAGGGUCUUCAAGGUGAUAAGGGAGACAGGGGGCUCCAAGGUGAACGAGGAAGAAAGGGGGAUAAAGGAGAGACUGGAGAGUCAGGACCCAUUGGACCUGCGGGCAGAGUGGGAGAGAAAGGAGAGGCAGGCCUAACGAGAGAGGAGGUCAUUAAACUAGUCAGAUCCAUAUGUGGAUGUGGAGUGAAGUGCCGCGAGAGUCCAUUAGAGCUGGUCUUUGUGAUUGACAGCUCAGAGAGCGUUGGCCCUGAGAACUUCAACGCAGUCAAGGACUUUGUGAAUGCUCUGGUUGACCGCGCCUCCGUGAGCCGGGAGACUACUCACGUUGGGGUGGUCCUCUACAGCCACAUCAACAUGGUGGUGGUCCACCUCCACCAGCAGGCUACCAAGGACCAGGUCAAGAGGGCGGUCCGUAGCAUGACCUACCUGGGCGAGGGCACCUUCACGGGCAGCGCCAUCUAUCAGGCCAACCAGGUUUUCCGGGCAGCCCGUCCCGGGGUCAGAAAGGUGGCCAUUCUGAUCACUGACGGACAGGCAGACCGGAGGGACUCUGUGAAGCUGGAGGAGGCUGUAAAAGAGGUGCAGCGCAGUGACAUUGAGAUGUUUGUCAUCGGGGUGGUGAACCAGAGUGAUCCGCAGUAUGAGGAAUUCCUGAAAGAGCUCCACAUCAUAGCCUCUGACCCAGACAGGGAACACAUCUACUUGAUCGACGACUUCAGGACACUUCCUGGCCUUGAGGGCAAGAUGCUGAGUCGGAUCUGUGACAGUGAUGACAGGUCCCAGUUCAGCAAUAUUCCCAGCUCUAGAUUCUCCCCCGGGACACCUGGUCAUGGAGGGACUGUCAGAGAAACUCCAGAGAAGACUGACACACCCUCCUUCAAUGGAGAUUUCAAGAUACCACAGGUGGUGCCAGGUCCACCAGGAGAGUUAGACAAAAUAUUUACACCACAGACAGGGGACAGAGAAAAUUCAGAGACCUACAGGGUCCCAUCAUUUGAUAGGGAGCCCUUCAAACGCGUACCACAGUUCCUUCUCCCAUCUGAGGUGAAGAACCCCAACCACAAUGUGGUCUUGACUGGUCCCCAGGAACCCACCCAGAGGCCCCUGGACCUACCACUCCCACAAACCACUCUCCCACUACCCCAAAAUUAUUUUCUAACAGAUGACAGAUGUGGACAGGUUCUGGACCCCGGGCCCUGCAGGGAUUACACUGUCAAGUGGUACUAUGAUCCUACGUCUAACGCCUGUGCCCAGUUCUGGUUCGGAGGUUGUCAGGGAAACCAGAACCAAUUUGAGUCAGAGAGAAGCUGCAAAAAAUCCUGUGUGAAGUUCUAACAUACAAUACACAGACCUUAUACAGUACACAGACCUUAUACAGUACACACGCCUAAUACAGUAGAAACGACUCAUGCAGUACAAACGCCUCACGCAGUAUAAAUGCCUCACAGUACAUACGCCUCAUUCAGUACACAUGCGUCUCAUGCACAUUGUUACUAACUGUCUUGCCUUUAACGCUCAUAAAUUUAGUUGUUGAAUGUAUUGAUUUGACAUGAUAUAUUUGGGUCAAUUACAAUGUCUUAUCUCUACUCAAAUACUUCUACAUGGGAUAUAGAAAUUGGGAGAAUUGGUAGGAGAGCACUAGAUAGCACUAGUGGAAUGCAUGAACCAGACUAAGGAAAACAGUGGGAACUAUCAGUAUCCUUUUGGAUUCUUAAUCCCUUGUCUUGGACAUUUAACAUGGCACCAAUUCUAUUUAAUCAAACAUGUAAUUUCUUUUCAGAGGCAAUAAGCCAUUUACAUCCUUUUGUAUAUCUGUGUAUUUGGUCACUUAUUUGUUGGAGGUAAUUGUUGGGUAAUAAGAUGUGGAUUUUGAUAAAACAAUACAAGUGUAGGAACCAUUCAGUUUAUUCAUGUUGGAGUUAUAAGGGAAGAGCUAACUUGAUUCCAGAUCGGAAAGGUUUUCCACUGAUGAGGAGAACAGUUAUGUUCCCAGCAGGCUAGGAUGUCUAAACACUAACCUUUAUCCAUGAUUAACCCUCCUGUUUUGUUCUGGUCAAAUUUGACCGAUUUUCUCUCUGAAAAAUGUGUUCAUUUAAUCUGACUGUCAUAAGGUUCCAUGACUUUGUCCAAACAGGGUAUCUAAA